GUUCAAUCCUCAGUGAAUUUUGACCUCAUUCUUUGUCCAUCUCCCAACGUUGCGACGCAAUCAUGCCAGCCACAUCAGCAAAGGACACCAAGGCUCUUGACGCCGCGAUUCUCGCAUAUCUCGCGGCUCGUGGCCUCACGCGAUCUACUAAGGCGUUCGAGAAGGAAGCCGCUGCCGCUGUCGGCGGUGACCCGGAGGCUCUUUCGGCCGCCUGGUCCGCCGUGAGCAAGGCGACUGCCGCCGCCACCACUGCCGCCGCCGCUAUCGACGUUGAAAUGGCCAGCGCCGACUCAGACUCGGAUUCUGACUCGUCAUCGGACGACAGUGGAAGCGAGAGCGACAACGAGAGCUCAGACUCGGAGAGCGACUCUGAGUCCGACUCGGACUCGGACUCUGACGAGGAGGAGGAGAAGAAGGCCAAGAAGAGCAGCGAAGACGCUGUCGAGGCUGUUGUCGCUAUUGCGGCAGCUAUCCCCCUGCCGGAAUCCUCCUCGAGCUCGAGCUCAUCGUCUGACUCCGACUCAGACUCCGGAUCGGAGUCGGACUCGUCGAACAGCUCCAGCUCCUCUAGCUCCUCCAGCUCCUCCAGCUCUUCGAGCUCAUCUAGCUCGGACGAGGACAAGCCUGCGGUGAAGGUCAUCGACGUUGUCAUCAAGUCCUCAUCCUCGAGCGGCAGCUCGACCAUCGAGGAAGCCAAGAGCAGCAGCGACAGCGGUGACGAAAGCGACUCUUCGUCUUCUUCCUCCUCGUCUUCCUCCUCGUCCUCAUCCUCUGCCUCAUCUGCUUCUGCAUCCUCCUCUUCGUCUGCUUCGUCUUCAUCGUCGGCUUCGUCCACCAAGUCGUCCAGCAGCAGUUCCUCGUCUUCAUCCUCGAGCUCGAGCUCCAGCUCGAGCUCUUCGGAGUCUGAGGCCGAGGAGACCAAGCCAGGUCUUGGCUCUAAGCGCCGCCGCUCGCCCUCGUCCUCGCCUUCCUCAGACGACGCCAAGAAGCGCAAA